UCAUUCAUAUUUUCAUUCUCGGUGCACAAAACGACACGUUGAAGCAACAAACGACAAUAAAAAUCUUCAGAAAAUAAAACCUUGGUUAAACCCUGAAACUGAAAGUUUCAUACAGAGGAAGAAGAUGUUUGGUAGAGGUGCAGUUGGAUCAAUUCUGAAGCGAAGCAAGGAAGCGCAUUUGAUUCAGAAGCUCACAGGGAGGAGCAAAACGACGGCGUUUCCCUUCUCCCAUCCAUCUAUCGCCGAACAACAAUCGUUCAAGUUUUUGAAUCCUUCGGUUUCCGCACAUUUCUUUCGAACUUUCCGAUCCCAUCUUGUUCCUAAGGGUCAACAUGUGCCAUUCACGAGGAACUUUUCUAAGACGGUGUCUGCUGCGGCAGGACAAAAGGAGGGGCUGAAGCUGCUCGUGACAGGAGGUCCUCGUGCACAGAAGGCAAUUGGAAUAUGGCUGUUUGGCUCUGCUGCAUGGGUGUUUAGCAUGGUGAUACUUGGUGGUUUAACGAGACUUACUAGAUCCGGUCUUUCAAUGACUGAUUGGAAAUUUACGGGUGAGUUCCCUCCUUUGACAGAUGAGGCAUGGUUGGAAGAGUUUGAGAAAUAUCAGCAGUCGCCUGAAUACAAGCGUGUUAAUAGAGGGAUGAAGAUUGAAGAAUUCAAGUUCAUAUAUUGGAUGGAAUAUGGACAUCGUAUGUGGGGGAGGGCAUUGGGAUUAAUGUUUGCAUUACCGUAUUCAUAUUUUCUCCAUAAAGGGUAUAUUACAGUGAGAUUAGGAUUGAGACUCUCUGUUUUGUUUGGCCUGGGUGCCGGGCAGGGUCUCAUCGGCUGGUGGAUGGUUAAAAGUGGUUUAGAGGAACCACCGACUGAAUAUUCUCAGCCAAGGGUAAGCCCUUAUCGUCUUGCAGCUCACCUUACGUCAGCAUUUGCUAUUUAUUGCGGUCUCUUUUGGACUGCACUUUCUGUUGUUAUGCCUGAGCCACCUGCCGAAUCACUAACAUGGGUCCGUGGGGCAGCUAAAGUGAAGAGACUUGCGUUGCCUGUCAGCCUAGUUGUUGGUCUUACUGCUGUCUCCGGUGCUUUUGUUGCAGGAAAUGAUGCUGGACAUGCAUUUAAUACUUUUCCAAAGAUGGGCGAUACAUGGAUCCCAGAAGACAUUCUUGAAAUGAAACCUCUGAUUCGGAAUUUCUUUGAGAAUACAUCAACUGUACAGCUCAAUCACCGGAUCCUUGCUACUGCAACUCUAGUUUCAGUGAGUGCCUUAUGGCUGUUAACAAGGAAACUAGACAUACAUCCUGCAGUGCGGUCUGUGAUCGGAGGUGUCUUUGGCAUGGCAUCUCUUCAGGUCACCUUGGGAAUUUCAACCCUUCUUUCGUAUGUACCCGUUUCAUUGGGUACUGCUCAUCAAGCCGGAGCCUUAACGCUUUUGACGUUUAUGUUACUGCUUAAUCACACAGUCCGAAAGCCGUCCUUGGCGCUUCUCAAAUCUCUGCCUCAGGCUAUCAAGGCACACUAAUUUACAAGAGUUGAGACAAUUAUUUAUUUUUUGUAAAGGAUUGAGACUAUUAUUAUUUCCAGGCUAAGCUGGAUAUUGAGCUCCUUCUCAUCCAUUUUUGGAAUCUUUUUUAUUUGAUUUGUACAUUUGAAGCCUGAAAGUUCAUGAUGAUGCAAUUGAUCUGUUAAUAAUGUCAUGUACUAUAUUUAUGUAUUUCAUGCUGAAAAUUAGUGCAGAAAAUCAUUAUGUAAUGUAAACCAAUACAUUUUCAAGGCAAAGAAGUCUAGAAUGCCUUGUUGCUUAAGGCACAUAUUAGAA